AUGCUUGGGUGGGGUGUGGAUCGGUUACGAGCCGAUAUGAGCCGUUUGCUGGCAAUACUAUUCCACCAGGGAGUGCUAGACGAGCAAUUCUUGCAGCUCCAGCAACUUCAAGAUGAAAGCUCCCCGAACUUCGUAUCAGAAGUUGUCAAUAUCUACUUCCAUGAGUCCGAAAAACUUUUACGGAAUCUCAGAGGCCUAUUGAUGGAUAGAGAGUUCUCGGACUACAAGAAAAUGGGAAUACAUUUGAAUCAGUUCAUGGGAAGUAGCUCCAGCAUUGGGGCCAACAGAGUCAGAAAUGUGUGCGUUGCCUUUCGCGCUGCUUCUGAGCAAAACAACCGUGCUGGGUGCUUGAGAGCUUUGGAGUUGCUAGAGCACGAGUACUGCUACCUCAAGAGCAAGCUGCACGAACUGUUCCAAAUGGAGCAACAGAGAGUACUGGCAGCUGGAGUGAGGUACCCACUGCAGCAGCAGCAUUAA